AGGCCGGAUCUGGCAACCCCGGCUGGUGCGGCUUCAUUCACUCUCUCUCUCUGACAGCCAGACUAGCGUGGAAACAUGGUGCUCGACUUGGACCUGUUUCGGACCGACAAAGGCGGCGAUCCAGAGAUCAUCCGCGAGACUCAGAGGAAGAGGUUUAAGGACGUCACGCUGGUGGAUAAACUGGUGGCCGCCGACACGGAGUGGAGAAAAUGCCGCUUCACCGCAGACAACCUGAACAAAGCCAAGAACCUCUGCAGCAAGAGCAUCGGGGAGAAGAUGAAGAAGAAGGAACCAGUGGGGGAGGAUGAGUCUGUGCCAGAGGAAGCCCAGAACGUGGAGGAGCUAACGGCGGAAACGCUGUCGGCCCUGACAGUAACACAGAUCAAGAAGGUGCGUCUGCUCGUGGACGAGGCGGUGGACAAAACCGACCGGGAGAGGAUAAAGCUGGAGGCGGAGAGGUUCGAAUACCUGAGGGAGAUCGGCAACCUCCUGCAUCCGUCUGUACCAAUCAGCAAUGACGAGGAUGCAGACAACAAGGUGGAGCGUACCUGGGGGGACUGCGGCGUCCAGAAGAAGUACUCUCACGUGGACCUGGUGGUCAUGAUCGACGGCUUUGACGGAGAGAGGGGCGCCAUUGUGGCCGGGAGCAGAGGUUACUUUUUAAAGGGGCCCCUGGUGUUCCUGGAGCAGGCUCUGAUCAACUAUGCCUUAAGGAUCCUCCACAGCAAGAACUACACCAUGCUGUACACGCCUUUCUUCAUGAGGAAAGAGGUGAUGCAGGAAGUGGCCCAGCUCAGCCAGUUUGACGAGGAGCUUUAUAAGGUCAUCGGUAAGAGCAGCGAGAAGUCAGACGACAGCGCCAUAGACGAGAAAUACCUCAUCGCCACCUCUGAGCAGCCCAUCGCCGCCUUCCUGAGGGAAGAGUGGCUGAAGCCCGAGGACCUGCCCAUCCGCUACGCCGGCUUCUCCACCUGCUUCAGGCAGGAGGUGGGCUCUCACGGCAGGGACACCCGCGGGAUCUUCAGGGUGCACCAGUUCGAGAAGAUAGAGCAGUUCGUCUACGCCUCCCCCCACGACGGCAAAUCAUGGGAGAUGUUUGACGAGAUGAUCGGCACGGCGGAGGAGUUCUACCAGUCCCUGGGAAUUCCUUAUCGCAUAGUAAACAUCGUCUCUGGAGCCCUGAACCACGCCGCCAGUAAGAAGCUGGACCUGGAGGCCUGGUUCCCCGGGUCGGGGGCCUUCAGAGAGCUGGUCUCCUGCUCAAACUGCACCGACUACCAGGCCAGACGCCUCCGCAUCCGCUACGGACAGACCAAAAAGAUGAUGGACAAGGCAGAGUUCGUGCACAUGUUAAACGCCACCAUGUGUGCAACAACGCGCGUGAUGUGCGCCAUCCUGGAAAACUACCAAACCGACGAAGGCAUCGUCGUCCCCGAGAAGCUCAGGGCGUUCAUGCCUCCUGGUUUGACAGAGAUCAUUAAGUUUGUUAAGCCCGCCCCCAUCGACGUGGAGAUGUCCAAGAAGGCUAAGAAGCAGCAGGAGGGAGGGAAGAAGAAGAAGAAGGAAGGAGGAGACCAAAACCUGCCCAACGCCAUGGAGAGCAUGUCCGUCAACGACUCGUAGAGCGCCCACCCACCACCCACCCACCUCACAGAGCCAAACCGAUGGAACGCAGCCUCGUCAAUGACUACAAACAUCAGCGUUCAGUUUAGUCGUUUCUCCUGAACUGAAUUAGUUUAGACCAGAAAAGAAGAAAUGGCCUUUUUUUUUAUUUAGGCUUGUUAAAGGUUGUUUAAUCACUGAAGGAAAGGGAGGCUGUCUUGUCCCGUCUGGUUGUCGGUCUUCAUCUCAUGAAAAAGGAUUUCUCCGUCAGCUCAGACAUUCUCUCGCCACGUCUUUUACCUUUUUGGUAGUAAAGCCUGAAUGAGGCUGAACCAAGCAGGCUGAUCUCACUCAACCAGUCGAUCCUUCACUUUAUCUGCGUUUACUUUCUGUGAUCAAUUCAGAGGAGCCAGUAGUAUUGGUAACUAUGGGCAAGAACACAUCUGUUUCUGAGGGGUUGUAAUCAUUUAAGAUGCAGUUUCAACAUGUCUGGCAUGUUUCAUUAAAUCCAUUUGGUGUCUGUUGGGCUUUGCUUUCUGUCCCGUCAUCAACAUCAUCAUCACCGUUGCUGCUUAACGUCAAUAGCGACUGUGAAUAUUGACGUCCUCUGACUUUGAUUUAAAAGAUGUAUAUGAAUGCGCAUUAAUGAAGUGGCACUUACUGUAAACAAUAAACACAGGAGACAUGAA